UCUCUCUCACACACACACACACACACAUUAAUGAGCACAGUUCAGUGUCAACUCACUGACCGUUGAUAUAUCUACAGCUAUGAGCUCAUCAGAAUAUAAUACUCUUAUUUCUUAGAUCUCAUGUUCUUCAAGAUUCUUCCUACCAUUUCGUGAAAAAACCGAAAACCCCACUUCAAAAUACGAUCAUGCACCACUAGUUUCUAAUCACUACUUCGCAUUUCACCCUCUAAUUUGAAGUGGGUUCUUCGAUUGUGAUUGAUUCCUAGCUAGCAAUUAGCUGCUACUCUGUUUUUUUUUUUUGAAAGACUCCAUUUUUUUUGGUCGGAAGAAAUGGCGGAGGCGGCCGACGGGAAAGCAAUGCCGGAGUCGCCGGAGAAGAAGAAAGAACAGAGCCUACCAUUCUAUCAGCUGUUUUCAUUUGCUGAUAAAUAUGAUUUAAUAUUGAUGACAACCGGCAGCCUCGGCGCCAUUAUUCACGGCUCUUCAAUGCCGGUUUUCUUUCUGCUCUUUGGUGAAAUGGUCAAUGGCUUUGGUAAAAACCAAAUGGAUUUGCACAAGAUGACAAAUGAAGUUGCCAAGUAUGCUCUGUAUUUCGUCUACCUUGGACUGGUCGUAUGCUUUUCAUCUUACGCAGAGAUUGCAUGUUGGAUGUACACCGGAGAGAGACAAGUUGGUACGUUGAGGAAGAAAUAUUUGGAGGCCGUAUUGAAACAAGACGUUGGUUUCUUUGACACAGAUGCAAGAACUGGGGAUAUUGUUUUCAGCGUCUCCACUGAUACUCUCCUUGUUCAAGAUGCCAUCAGUGAGAAGGUUGGUAAUUUCAUUCAUUAUCUAUCGACUUUCUUGGCCGGAUUGGUGGUCGGUUUUGUGUCGGCAUGGAGGCUAGCCCUCCUGAGUGUGGCUGUGAUUCCUGGGAUCGCCUUUGCCGGUGGUUUAUACGCUUAUACCCUCACCGGACUCACUUCAAAGAGCCGUGAAUCGUACGCUAAUGCCGGUAUAAUUGCCGAGCAGUCGAUUGCACAAGUUAGGACAGUAUACUCGUAUGUCGGAGAAACAAAAACCCUCGGUGCGUAUUCGGAUUUAAUACAGAACACACUAAAGCUAGGAUACAAGGCUGGAAUGGCUAAAGGUCUUGGUUUAGGAUGUACUUACGGCAUAGCAUGCAUGUCGUGGGCCCUCGUUUUCUGGUAUGCGGGUGUUUUCAUCAGAAACGGACAGACAGAUGGCGGCAAGGCAUUCACCGCCAUUUUCUCCGCCAUUGUUGGUGGCAUGAGUUUGGGCCAGUCAUUUUCGAAUCUCGGUGCGUUCAGCAAAGGCAAAGCAGCUGGAUUCAAAUUAAUGGAAAUAAUUAAGCAAAAACCAACGAUAGUCCAAGAUGAUUUAGACUCCAAGUGUUUGACCGAAGUCAACGGGAAUAUCGAGUUCAAGAACGUAACUUUCAGCUACCCAUCGAGGCCUGAUGUCAUCAUCUUCAGAGACUUCUCCAUUUUCUUCCCCGCCGGAAAAACUGUGGCGGUAGUCGGCGGCAGCGGUUCCGGCAAAAGCACCGUUGUCUCCUUGAUAGAAAGAUUUUACGAUCCUAAUCAGGGGGAGAUUUUGCUCGACAAUGUGGACAUCAAAACGCUCCAGCUGAGGUGGCUGCGCAGUCAAAUGGGAUUGGUAAAUCAAGAACCCGCCCUCUUCGCCACAACGAUUCUCGAGAAUAUUCUUUACGGAAAACCGGACGCAACCAUGUCCGAAGUCGAAGCUGCCUCCUCUGCUGCUAAUGCUCACAGCUUCAUCACCUUGCUUCCUAAUGGAUACAACACCCAAGUCGGAGAACGUGGGGUACAGUUAUCUGGCGGCCAAAAGCAAAGAAUAGCUAUCGCGAGGGCAAUGCUAAAAGACCCGAAAAUUCUUCUUCUCGACGAAGCAACUAGUGCAUUAGAUGCAGGCUCGGAGAGCAUUGUGCAAGAGGCUUUGGACCGUUUGAUGAUUGGGAGAACUACAGUAGUGGUGGCCCACCGAUUAUCAACAAUAAGAAACGUCGACUCGAUUGCGGUUAUACAACAAGGGCAGGUUGUCGAAACCGGGACCCACGAAGAAUUAAUCGCCAAAGCCGCUGCUUAUGCUAAUCUAAUCAGAUUUCAAGAAAUGGUGGGGAACAGAGAUUUCUCGAACCCUUCGACUCGAAGAACAAGAUCUUCGAGGCUGAGUCAUUCUCUAUCCACGAAAUCACUCAGCCUCCGUUCUGGGAGUUUAAGGAACCUGAGCUAUUCUUACAGCACGGGUGCAGACGGUAGGAUAGAGAUGGUGUCCAAUGCCGAAACGGAGCGGAAAAAUCCAGCACCGUCCGGAUACUUCUGCAGGCUUCUUACACUGAAUGCGCCCGAGUGGCCUUAUUCGAUUAUGGGAGCUGUGGGGUCCGUUCUUUCCGGAUUCAUCGGCCCCACAUUUGCUAUUGUGAUGAGUAAUAUGAUUGAGGUUUUCUAUUACCAGAACCCUGCUGACAUGGAAAGGAAAACGAAGGAAUACGUCUUCAUAUAUAUCGGAGCGGGUAUUUAUGCCGUUAUCGCGUAUCUUAUUCAGCACUACUUCUUCAGUAUAAUGGGAGAGAAUCUCACUACAAGAGUUAGGAGAAUGAUGCUUGCAGCGAUUUUGAGGAAUGAAGUGGGGUGGUUCGACGAGGAGGAGAACAAUUCGAGCCUACUCGCAAACCGUUUAGCUACCGAUGCAGCGGACGUAAAAUCGGCUAUCGCAGAGAGGAUUUCGGUGAUAUUACAGAACAUGACUUCUCUACUCACUUCGUUCAUAGUUGCAUUCAUCGUUGAAUGGAGGGUUUCACUGCUCAUACUUGCUACAUUUCCUCUUCUUGUCCUAGCAAACUUUGCUCAGCAACUAUCUCUCAAAGGGUUCGCAGGAGACACCGCCAAAGCCCACGCAAAAACGAGCAUGAUCGCCGGAGAAGGAGUGAGCAACAUCCGAACUGUGGCGGCAUUCAGCGCGCAAGAAAAGAUUCUAUCUUUAUUCUCCAACGAGCUCCGUUUGCCGCAGAAGCAAAGCCUCCGCCGCAGCCAAUGCUCCGGCCUACUCUUCGGCCUCUCGCAGCUCGCUCUCUACGCCUCCGAAGCACUAAUCCUCUGGUACGGGUCCCACCUCGUUAGCAAAGGGGUCUCCACCUUCUCCAAGGUCAUCAAGGUCUUUGUCGUCCUAGUCAUCACCGCCAACUCCGUCGCGGAAACCGUCAGCCUCGCCCCGGAGAUCAUCCGGGGCGGCGAAGCGGUCGGGUCGGUUUUCUCGAUCCUGGAUAGGCCCACACGGAUCGACCCGGACGACACCGAGGCGGAGACCGUCGAGUCGAUCCGCGGCGAGAUCGAGCUACGCCACGUGGACUUUGCGUACCCGUCUCGUCCUGACGUGAUGGUGUUCAAGGACUUCAGUCUGAGAAUCCGGGCGGGCCAUAGCCAAGCCCUAGUCGGGGCAAGCGGGUCGGGUAAGAGCUCUGUAAUUGCAUUAAUAGAAAGAUUCUACGACCCGUUAUCCGGGAAAGUUAUGGUGGACGGGAAAGAUAUCCGGAGGCUAAACCUAAAAUCGCUCCGCCGGAGGAUCGGAUUGGUCCAACAGGAGCCGGCGCUCUUUGCCGCCAGUAUCUUCGAGAAUAUUGCAUACGGGAAAGACGGUGCCGCCACCGAGGCGGAGGUGAUCGAGGCAGCGCGGGCAGCGAACGUGCACACCUUCGUGAGCGGCUUGCCAGAGGGGUACAAAACCCCCGUAGGAGAGAGAGGGGUGCAGCUCUCCGGCGGGCAGAAGCAGAGGAUCGCGAUCGCACGGGCAGUACUAAAGGACCCGUCCAUUCUCUUGCUGGACGAGGCCACGAGCGCGCUCGAUGCAGAGUCGGAGUGCGUUCUGCAGGAGGCGCUCGAGCGCCUCAUGAGAGGGCGGACCACGGUGCUCGUGGCCCACCGCCUGUCGACCAUACGUGGGGUCCACAGCAUCGGCGUGGUUCAAGAUGGGCGGAUUGUCGAACAAGGCAGUCAUAAUGAGCUGAUUGGCCGGCCGGAAAGUGCUUAUUCGAAGCUGUUGCAACUACAGCACCACCGCAUAUGAAAAAAAGUGGUUAUUAACCUUUUUUUCUUUUUUCUUUUUUUUGGUUUGUUUUUUUUAAUGGUAUGAUGAUGAUGAUGGUGAUAGUUGUAGAUAUUUGGUAUGUGAAAAGACAACUUUAUCCCUAGUGACGAUUUUCUGCACUAAAAUUAAUGUUGUAAUAAUUAACUUUGAUGCAUGAUCUUCUGUUUCUCUUUUUUGUUGCUGAAUUAUGAAUUAUCCAUUGAUUUUCACAUCA